AUGCCUGUCGUCACACCUGAUAAGUUGGCAAGCCUCCAAAGGCACGCCUCCGAUGUACGGAAUAUCUGCAUCCUGGCCCAUGUGGACCAUGGCAAGACGUCCCUGACAGACGCCCUCCUCGCAACAAACGGCAUCAUCUCCCCCAAGCUCGCCGGUAAGAUCCGCUACCUCGACUCGCGGCCUGACGAGCAGCUGCGCGGCAUUACCAUGGAGUCCUCUGCCAUCUCCCUCUACUUCUCCAUGCUGCGCCGUUCCGCCCCGGACGCCGAGCCUGAGGCGAAGGAGUACCUCAUCAACCUCAUCGACUCGCCCGGUCACAUCGACUUCAGCAGCGAGGUUUCCACCGCUUCACGCCUGUGCGACGGCGCCGUCGUCCUGGUCGACGCCGUCGAGGGUGUCUGCAGCCAGACCGUCACCGUUCUGCGGCAGAGCUGGACCGAGAAGCUGAAGCCCCUGCUUGUCAUUAAUAAGAUCGACCGCCUCGUCACCGAGCUCAAGAUGUCCCCCGCCGAGGCCUACACCCACCUCAGCAAGAUCCUCGAGCAGGUCAACGCCGUCUUGGGCAGUUUCUUCCAGGGCGAGCGCAUGGAAGAGGACCUCAACUGGCGCGAGCGCAUGGAGGAGCGCGUCCAGGCCGCCGCCGCGAAAGAGGCCGACGCCGAUGCGACGACCGAAUCGGGCGAGCUUCAGUUCCAGGAGCGGGACGAUGAGGACCUGUACUUCGCGCCCGAGAAGAACAACGUCAUUUUCAGCAGCGCCAUCGAUGGAUGGGCCUUUACUGUACGGCAGUUUGCGAGCUUGUACGAGAAGAAGCUCGGCAUCAAGAGGGGCACCAUGGAAAAGGUGCUCUGGGGCAGCUUCUACCUCGACCCCAAGACCAAGAAGAUCCUGGGCCAGAAGCAUCUCAAGGGGAGGAAUCUGAAGCCCAUGUUCGUCCAGCUGGUCUUGGAGCCCAUCUGGACCGUCUACCAGGCCACCGUCGGCGGCGACCAGGGAAGAGGCGACCCGGCCUUGCUGGAGAAGAUCACAAAGUCCCUCGGACUGACCAUCCCCCCUCACAUCAUGCGUUCCCGGGACCCGCGGCUGCUCCUGACGACCGUCUUCUCGUCCUGGCUGCCGCUGUCGACGGCGAUGCUAGUCUCCGUCAUCGAAUCCCUGCCAUCGCCCCCGGUUGCACAGGCCGAGAGGCUGCCCGAGAUGCUCGAAAGCGUCCCCGGCGCUGACUCGGUCGACGAGCAGAUCAAAGACGCCAUGGUCUCCUUCAAGACCGGCCCGUCCGACCCCAUCGUGGCGUACGUCAGCAAGAUGGUCUCGGUCCCCGAAAGCGAGCUGCCUCAUAAGAAACGCAAGCCCGGCCAGCUGACGCCCGACGAGGCGAGAGAGCUUGCGCGCAAGAAGCGAGCCGAAGCGGCUCGCGCCCAGGCCGCGGCGCCAUCCGCGGCCGCCAACGGCAUUGACGACCUCACGACGGCCCUUGAGGAGGUCGACCUGGACGGCUACGCCCCCGAACACGAGGAAAAGGAGGUCGACCCGGAGCACCUCAUCGGGUUCGCGCGCAUGUACUCGGGCACCCUCUCCGUCGGCGACCCGCUCUGGGUCAUCCCGCCCAAGUGGUCGCCCGCGAACCCCAACGCGUCGCCGCAGCCGAAGCAGAUCACCGUCACGGCGCUCUACAUGCUCAUGGGCCGCAACCUCGAGAGCCUCGAGUCCGUCCCCGCGGGCGUCGUCUUCGGCAUCGGCGGCCUCGAGGGCCACCUUCUCAAGAACGGCACAUUGUGCAGCCGGCUCGAAGGCGCCGUCAACCUUGCCGGCGUCGCCACCCUCGGCAAGCCCAUCGUCCGCGUCGCCCUCGAGCCUGUCAACCCGGCCGACCUGGACAAGAUGAUCCACGGCCUGCGCCUGCUCGUCCAGUCCGACCCGUGCGCCGAGUACGAGCAAUUCGGCAGCGGCGAGCACGUCCUCCUUACCGCCGGCGAGCUGCAUCUCGAGCGCUGCCUGACGGAUCUCAAGGAGCGCUUCGCCCGCUGCGACAUCCAGGCCGGCGCCCCCAUCGUUCCCUACCGCGAGACCAUCGUCCGCGCUGACGAGAUGCGGCCCCCGGCCAACAAGGACCUCGGCCGCGGCGUCGUCGUCGGCACCACCUCCUCCAAGCAGGUCUCCAUCCGUCUGCAGGUCCGCCCCUUGCCCGCCGACGCCACCGACUUCCUCCUCAAGAACGGCGAUCCCCAGCUCAUCUUCGCCGGCUACGAGGUCCUCGACGAGGACCCAUUCUGGGUGCCCUUCACCGAGGACGACCUCGAGGACCUCGGCGAGCUGGCCGACAAGGAGAACGUCGCCAAACGGUACAUGGACGGCGUGCGGAGGAAGAAGGGCCUGUUGGUCGAGGGGAGGAACGUGGCGAGGGAUGCCGAAAAGCAGAAAACGCUGAAGAGGUAG